ACAACUCAGAGAGAGGAGAGAGAGGGAGGUGCAGCAGAGCCAGAGAAGUCUCAAUUCAGAGAGAUUGGAACAUGUCUGCAACUGCAACUGUGAUAUGUUUUGUUUCAACAACACCGUCUUUGACCCACUUGUCGUCUUCAACUAGAACCACAUUUUCCGCCAAUCUUCCGCUAUCUUCCAAUCACUUCUUCUUCAAGCUCCCUCACUGUCGCAGAUACAACACUUCUUCUUCUAAGCGAACCCCAACCUUCCAUGGCUUCAAGCGCUACUAUUCCCCCGUCAUGGAGUGGCAGGAUUGCACGGUUAAGAUGGAGAUUGAUGUGCCGGUCUCUGUCGCUUAUACUUGUUAUUCUGAUCGCGAAGCCAUCCCGAAUUGGAUGCCCUUUAUUUCCUCUGUUAAGAUAUUGCCAGACAAACCUGACCUGUCACGAUGGUCCUUGAAGUAUAAGGCAUUUGGUCGUGAUAUUGAAUUCUCUUGGCUUGCUCGUAAUAUGCAGCCCACUCCAAAUCAGAAAAUCCACUGGCGAUCUCUGGAAGGUCUUCCCAACAGAGGUGCUGUGCGAUUCUAUCCAAAAGGUCCUUCAUCAUGUGUAGUAGAAAUGACAGUCUCAUAUGAGGUUCCUCAACUUUUGGUUCCAGUGGCAUCGGCGCUGAAACCCUUUCUUGAAAGUUUACUUCAACGUGGUUUGGAAAGAUUUGCUACCUUCGCAAAAAGCUACUAAAUCUUUGAUUUUAUUACAAUUGUCCUGAUUUUUUAGAACGGGACUACACAUCUAAAAUUAUGAAUACAUGAUUUUUUUUUUCUAUGACGAUCUUAUUUUGUCAAACAUUGAUUGAAUCUCUCAAAAAAUGGGGGACGGUUAU